AUGAUGGUCGGGCCUGUUUCGAAGUUCCCUAACAAUCCGGGUGGUCCUCAGUCGCAAUCUCUGCAACUGGCGCAGGUGCCGGCCAUGGAUCUGGACGCGUUGUACGGAGAUUACAACCUGGAGGAGCAGGAUUUUUACGCCGCCAGCCCCAUGAAGUCUGUUCGAUUCCCGCGUAAG